AUGAUACAGGAGCUCACCAACAUUGACUCCUGGAGAUACGUGAACAGCAACUGUAACCCUGCUGACAACCUCACCAGAGACCACAAGUCACAUGACAUUGUUCCUCUGAAAGAAGAAUGUGAAGGAAAGAAGGCUGAGCUGGGGGAGACAGAGUCUGAAAUUCAGCAGAUGAUCCAGAAGAGACGAGUGAAGAUUCAGGAAAUCAAACGAUCAGUGGAGCUCAGCAGGGAAGAUGCAGAGAGAGAGAUCGCAGACAGUGUGCGGGUCUUCACUGCUCUGAUGCAGGCUGUUGAGAGAGGCCAGGCUGAACUCAUUGACAUGAUUGAAGAGAACUUCCCAUCCCUCAGCGCUCCUCCACACACCAAGAACUGGACAGAGGUCAGAGUCCAUCGCUCAUCAUAUGUGGGGAGUGUGAGGAGAGCUGUGGAGGACAUUUUCAGUAAAGAGAUAAAGAAGCUAUGUGCUGAUCUUGAGCUGAAGAGGGUCCAACAGUAUGAAGUGGAUGUGACUCUGGAUCCUAAUACAGCACAUCCAACUCUCAUCUUGUCUGAUGAUGGGAAACAAGUAAAGCAUGGUGAUAUAUGGGAGAAUCUCCCAGACAACCCAGAGAGAUUUUCUGUUCGUGUCUUUGUCACAGGAAAGCAGAGCUUCUCUUCAGGAACAUUUUACUACGAGGUUCAGGUUGAAGAAAAGACUGACUGGGAUUUAGGAGUGGCCAGAGAGUCGAUCAACAGGAAGGGAAAAGUCACAGCGAGCCCCAGGAAUGGCUACUGGACCAUAUGGCUGAGGAAUAACAAUGGUUAUGAAGCUAAUGCUAGCCCUCCUGUCCGUCUCUCUCUGAAGUCUCAGCCUCAGAAGGUGGGGGUGUUUGUGGAUUAUGAGGAGGGUCUGGUUUCCUUUUAUGAUGUAGAUGCUGCAGCUCUUAUCUACUCCUAUAGUGGCUGCAGCUUCACUGAGAAACUCUACCCAGUCCUCUGUCCCUGUGUUAAUGAUGGUGGUAAAAACUCAGCCCCUCUGAUCAUCUCUCCUGUCAGUCAUGCAGAUUAG